AUGGAUGCCGAUGAUGCAGAUACAGUCAAGAUCCUGCCCUUGAGUCAAACCAAACAUGCGGCCAAAGUGGCACGGAAUACUUCGUCUGGCACUCACGAUAACAAUAGUUCUAGUUCUAUGAAUUCAUCCAAGGUGUCAAGGUCUACCGUCCCUGCCAAGCCUAAAGUCACCGCCUCAUCGAGGGAAAAAAGAAGGCUUACACGAACAGAAAGAUAUGAGAGCUCCCGACCCCCUGGAUACCUCGGAGAGCAGAAAUCUUCUGCAGCCCCCUGGUAUAGUGACGAUGUUAAUGAGGGCAGACUUGCUGUCGAUGAUUGUCAUCGACCCUCAUCUCCCCGACGUCGCGACGGCUUAUAUGGCGACUUAGGAUCAAAAUCGCCUCCUAGAGGAGACAGAUACGACCGCUAUAAAGGUCCCGCGCGUAGCAAGCACGAGUUCAUCUCAAAAAGUUCCGACACCGAAACUAUGGAUGCGGUAGAUGAAGCACAAAUUCCUGACAAUCCACAGAAAGUGCAAAAUCUCUUAAGUCUAGACGCCAGACAAAGACCGAGUCAAGUCUCCAUUCUUCAUGAACCAAGACCUCCGAAGUAUCUAGAAAGAAGAAAGGUUCGGGAAGUCUACAAGUCGCACACGCCUGUCCAGCCAGAAAGCAGAGAUGAACGCGACAAUGCAAGGACAAAAAUCCCUCAGGAUGGGGUUACGCCGAUGGUUGUCAAUGGCUCCAAUGGGCUCCCUGAGGAGGUUGGGAAGAGAGGGUCCGCUGAUACUCAAGGAGACCAAGAUGCGUCAUUGAGUGUGACCUUACCUCAAGUGCCUCCAGUCAGUCAGGAUUGCGGACCAGAGCAUGAAGAGGAGAAUUCGAUGGAACCCGUCGAGGAAGAGAGUCCCAUCGAGCCAUCGCUAAGACUGAGCUUCCCCAAAGCUGACCACGAGAUGAAUAACGAGCGGGCAUCGCGCUUCUCAACCGAGGAAAGCGCAUCAAACUCGUCAACUUGCGGUUCUAGGAAUAAGAACCUGUGUAGAGCCUGUCGCAAGCCUGGGAGCAGCGUGACACCUCUUAUCCAAUGCAAAGCAUCCCAUAGAGGUUAUCAUAACUGCGGCGAAAAACCCGAACCACGACAAAGCGAGAAUCUCGAUGGCUUCAGUGGCGGGAGAUGUCUAAAGGAGCGGGAAAGCACGACCAGUAAAGAUGAAUUGUUCGGAAGCAGCAUGGAUCACUCCUCUCCCGUGGACCACUCUGUCAUUGAUCCUGGGCCAUUGAGCAAUUCCGAUCAAGACAUGCAUCAGGUUGACAUUACAUCUACAACUAGUCGGAUGAUCAGCCCAGUGGCCCUUGAUCCGGCGCAUUUCCCUGAUGUUCAACUCGAUGCCCCUAUACAACCUGCAAUCAAUGGUAGCGCGUCAAAUCAAGGAGUGUAUGAGCAGAUGCAGAUAACCAGUGUCGAUUCUCCCAGAACCACGGCAAAUCAGGCUGCCCGCGUUAGUGACGGCAACAACCAAACAGCUCCAAGUCCAUGUUCACCAAAACAUGGCUCUCCUUCCUCAUCGUGGACAGCAAGCGUGCGAGAGAACCUUGUCUCGAUUGCUGAGCGGCCAAACUCUCUGGUAAGCCGUGGAUCCGCACUCGACAAAAUUUCGUCUCAACCUCGUCAGCGACCAAACAGGCCUUCAACUACUGAUGAGUUGCCGCUAUCCAAUUGUGAUACAGACCGCAAAUCGACUUCUCGAGCAGUGAGGCUGCCGUCAAGGCCUAGCAUAGGUCAAAUGACAGCAGAUCCUACCAUAGAACAAAUGGCUCUGCAUCCCACAGCUGUUCAACCAGCUCCUGUCAGGCGUGUGGCUAGACGAAGUCGAGUCCUACACUCGUACCGCCGAGAUGAGCACAAAUUAAAACCGGCUGCUAAAUUCCCAACUGAUCCUCGAAAAGAGACAGAAGUCAACGGCGCGAAGAAAUGCGAGGAUUGCGGCAGAUCGAUUAUAGGUUCUAUUGUACGCUGUGCCCGAUGCUCAAUUAGGCCUGUGAAUCGACCGAGCGAUGGCAAAACUUCUAAUAUGCCCAUAGGUAAUGAUAAUAUCACACCGUCGCCUAUAACGAUAACGAUUUCAAGCGACAUAGAUACAACUGACGAAGAUAUAGACGGCGCAAGACAGCAACCGGUGACGAUAACGAUUUCGGACGAUGAGGAUGCAUCGAAUCUAUUGGAAAUAGAAAUAGAAAGACAAAUAAAUCCUGUGCAGUCUCACAGUUUAGCUUCAGCUCUUCAGCAACAUCUUACCAAUAGCACUGUGAAGCGUUGCAUAAGGGAAGAUUCAAUGUUUGUUCCGAGAAAGAAGAAUGAGCCCAGAAAGAUGUCGACGUAUGAUGCUGUGCGCUCUUUAGCUCAAGGGGGCAGAGCGACCGACGUCCAAGUCAACCUUGACGCUGACUCUCCAGAGUCACUCGUCGAAGGCAGCAGUUCAGGAGAGGAUCCGGAAACAAUCGACAAGCAGGCUUCAGAAGAGAAGUCGGCAGAUGACGCACGUCCACGAUCGUCUGCGCGGCAGAGCGACAGCGACAGCGGUUCUAGGUCUUCGAUGGAUUCGCUUGCCACUACACAAUCCCUUCAGAGUCUAAAUCAACAUCCAGAGCUAUCUGCUCGGAUACUUGAGAAGCGUGGUCGAUGCAGCACUUCGAUCGACAAACCGCGAGAUUCUAAUAUCGAGACAGUCAUGCCGUCGAUUUUAUCUCUUACUGCUAUUGAAGCACUUCCCAGUGACGAGGAGGAUAGCGACAGCUUAUCAGAACAGCUCGCUUCAGCUUUGGCAGUGAACAACGGCUUCACUCAGGAUGAGGGUGGUCUAUUCAUCAACGCAUACUUCAAGAAUCCUGAGAGUAUCAGAAAUAUGGCGGAACCUCAAGUAGAAGGGGUAGCCAAAGAGUCAGCAGCUCCAGCAGAUGCCCUUUCUCUUCGUCCCCGAAUGCCUGAUAUACCGGAAACGCCUAUUAAUGUUACUGGACAGGUUACGACCCAGUCGCCAUUCCUACACCCCCGCCAUAGCUCGACUCAUAGCGAAGAACAGGCGGCUGUUGAGGUAUGUCACAAGACAAGUGAAGAAGAGGGAGAUGACAAGCACAAAGUAGCGCCCAGACAAUCUCGAUAUUUGAGCCGGGAAGUGCUGUCCUCCAGUUCAGCCCCUUCGUGGCAUGCAACUGAGGCAGAUGAGGACGUUACAUUUGCUCAACCCAUAGGACUACCGAGAGCCCUGUCGACACCGAGAAUUUCGUCUUUCGCAAGUGCAUCUGAACAUCAAUCAACUGAAUUGCCUCGUCCGUCGAAAACAGUGACUUCUGUUGUCGAAAUUCGGGAGCCUAUUAGUCAAUUAUCCACCAAGAAUGCGCGGGCUUCGUGGACGGAAGAGGACGAAGCCCGGGCCAUUGAAAAGUUGCGAGCACGUGGCGUUAUGUUUGAAUCCGAAGCCGAAGCCGAUGAUGACGAGAUCGGUGAUCAAGAUACUUAUGUGCCUCCUCCGCGUCGGAUUGAUCCACUUUGGCAGCCGCAGAAGUCUCGAAAUCUGUUUGACAUGGAUCCGUCACUACUUAUGCCUAACGAAGAGGAGAAUUUCGCUUCUGGCAAAACCCCGCACAAAAGACCAUCCAAGAAGCAAUUGAUCGGAAAUCUCCUGAGCUACCAGUGCCGACAACACAGAAAGGAAUUCAGUGACCCUCAUCAAGAAGUCUGCCGUUAUCCAGAGGACGUGCAAGUCACUGCGAUCUUGCACUGCGGGAUUCGGUUUGACAGGAGAGUGCCGCAAGCUGAUAUAGAGACAACGACCAUGAGUUUCCGUGAGUUUCUUGGAGCGCCAAAAGAGCCGGUGGUUGACGCUCGCGGGGGUCAAGUGGUAUUUCUAGAGGGGAGGCAAGACAAUCAAUAUCCGGGGAGGAGCACGCGGGGGAAACGAGUUCCGGAGGGGGAUACCUUCCCUUUCGUGUAUGACACCUACAAGUGA